AUGGAGAAGUACGAGGACAUGGCACUGAAGGCCACCAAGUUCAUGGAGGAUCUGUCCCUCUACGAGCCCUGCCCGGAGGGUCUGUACGGCCGGGGCGGUCGCCGGGACCUGGCGCUGCACCCCGACCUGGAGGAGACCAAGCGGGUCAUCGCCGCCCACAUGACGGCGGAGCAGCGGGGCCGGAAGAUGAACGGCACCGCCGCGCCGCCGCCUGCCGAAGCUUUCCCCGCCGCCGCCGCCCCCUGCGGUAAAGCCUACCCGCCCGCUGCGCCGGCCGCCCCGCUCCGCGCCGCCAACGGCCGCGCCGCCGCCGACCCGCCGCCGGCCGCGGCCCCGCCGUGCUGCGAGGAGGGGCUGUGCACCCGCUCUGAGGUGGCGCUGCCCUGCUACAGCGGCUUCACCGACAAGGGCAAGCGCUACUCGGCCGAGGGCUACCGCUACGCCGCGGGCAGCGGCUACGAGGGUGGCGGUUACGUGGCCAAGGGUGGCGGGCGGGGGCCCGGCGGCCCGGACGGCAAGUACGGCGCUGCCAGCCCGCGGGCCAGCUUGGCCACCUCCUCGCCGGGCCCCGCGGCCGAGCACGGCAAGUUCUCCAGUCCGCGCUCCAGCCUGGGCGGCGCGGCGGCGCUGCCCUACGAGAAGUUCUCCAGUCCCCGCUCCAGCCUGGUGGUGCCCGGCCAGGAGAAGUACGGAAGCCCCCGCGCCAGCCUGGUGCAGUACGACGGCGCGGCCCUCAGCCCCCGCUCCAGCUACGCCAGCACGGCCAGCGACACCAGCAAGCACUCCAGCCCCCGCGCCAGCCUCACGAGCUACGACGGCGGCGGCAGCAGCAAGCCCAGCAGCAACCGCACCAGCGGCAUCAGCAUGGGCUACGACCAGCGCCACGCCAGCCCCCGCUCCAGCACUGCCAGCCAGUACUCCUGCACCACCAGUCCCCGCUCCAGCUACUCGGACUCCAGGUACGGGCUGCCAGGCAGCGCCGAGCCGGAGGGGACGGGCGGCGCCGGGCUCGCCCUGGCCAGUCCCCGCUCCAGCCUCUGCGGCCCCGAGGGCCGCGUCGCGCCGGGCGCCGCCGUGGUCAGCCCCCGCUCCAGCAUCUCCAGCCAGAGCUCGCGGAGCUCCCGCGGCUCCAUGAGCGCCUACCCCGAGCUGCAGCUGCCCUCGCCCCGCUCCUCCCUGCUGGCGCCGGGCCUGCAGGAGGACGGCGUCGUGCCCGAGCUGGGGGACGUCUACCACAAGAUCCAUGCCCAGUCCCCGCCGCGGCACGACCAGCAGCACCCGGCUGUCGUCCCCGAGGCGGGCCCCCCCUACGCCUACAGCCCGUCCAAAGGCUCCGCUCCGACGCCCAAAUUCAAGCUCCCCUACCAGGUGACGCCGUGCCGGGAGAGCGGCCCUAGUCAAGCGGAGAGGCGGCUGGAGGCGCUGACGCUGGAGCUGGAGAAGGAGCUGGAGAUGCACAUGAAGAAGGAGUACUUCGGUAUUUGUAUAAAAUGUGGAAAAGGUGUGUAUGGAGCAAGCCAGGCUUGCCAAGCAAUGGGCAACCUCUACCAUACCAACUGCUUCACCUGCUGCUCUUGUGGGAGAAGACUGCGAGGAAAAGCCUUCUACAAUGUCAAUGGCAAGGUGUACUGUGAAGAAGACUUCCUAUAUUCAGGUUUCCAGCAAACAGCAGACAAGUGCUUUGUGUGUGGACACCUCAUCAUGGAAAUGAUCUUGCAGGCCCUUGGGAAGUCCUACCACCCUGGCUGCUUCCGCUGCGUGGUGUGCAACGAGUGCCUGGAUGGAGUCCCCUUCACUGUAGAUGUGGAGAACAACAUCUACUGUGUCAAAGACUACCACACGGUUUUUGCACCAAAAUGCGCUUCCUGUAACCAGCCGAUCCUACCAGCUCAGGGCUCUGAGGAGACUAUUCGCGUGGUGUCGAUGGACAAGGACUACCACGUGGAGUGCUAUCACUGUGAGGAUUGUGGCUUGCAGCUCAAUGAUGAGGAGGGCCACCGCUGUUACCCCUUGGAGGGGCACCUGCUCUGCCACGGCUGCCACAUCAGGCGCCUCAACAUCAAGCUGCCCUCGCACCCGCCGCCCAGCUACCCCAUGCACGUCACGGAGCUCUGA